CGCGCAGGCUCUCGGUGCCUGGGUGGACCCCGGCGCACAGGCCUCUGCUGCCUCUUGGGAGCGGGCGGGGAGCCGGACCUCCCGCACCUGCAGCGACCUCGUACUCGCGGGCUCCGGCGCGGUCACCUGUGGCUGCGCUCCGUGUUCCCCCGCGCCGGUCCAUGGCGCACGUGGAGGCGGUGGCUCCGAGGGCUCCCCCGGGCUGCAUGUGAGCUGGGCACCGGAGGAGGGACUCGGCGCGGGGCCACAGGCGCGAUGCUUGUCCUUGUGGAGGCGACGGCGGCCGGGCGCGCGGUGGCCCUGGCCCUGGUGCUGCUGCUCCCCGCCGUGCCCGCGGGCGCCGGCGCCCUGCUCCGCCUGCAGCCCAGCAUGCCCCACGUGUGCGCGGAGCAGGAGCUGACCCUGGUGGGCCGCCGCCAGCCCUGCGUGCGGGCCUUCAGCCGGACGGUGCCCGUGUGGAAGCCGGGCUGCGGGCGGCAGCCGUGGUGCGUCAGCCAGGAGCGGAGAACCAGCUACUACACCAGCUACAGGCAGGUGUACGCCGCGGAGACCCGGACCGUGCUCAGGUGCUGCCCUGGGUGGAGCCAGCAGCCGGGCGCCCAGGGCUGCCUCGCCGCCGAGUGCCGCGCCGGCCUGUGUUUCAACGGUGGCAGCUGCGAGCCCGGCUCAGCCCGGCCGUGCCGCUGCCCCCCCGGCUUCCAGGGCCCCCGCUGCCAGCACGACGUGAACGAGUGUGCCGCCGGCAACGGGGGCUGCGAGGGCCACUGCUGCAACACCGUGGGGGGCUUCUACUGCCGCUGCCCCCCGGGCCGCCAGCUGCACGGAGACGGCAAGACCUGCCGAGACGUGGACGAGUGCCAGAUGCACAACGGCGGCUGCCACCACAGGUGCGUGAACACGCCCGGCUCCUACGUCUGCGAGUGCAGGCCCGGCUUCCGGCUCCACGCGGACGGCAGGACCUGCCUGGCCGUCCCGUCCUGCGCCGUGGGCAACGGGGACUGCCAGCACAGCUGCGUGCAGCUCACGGUCACCCAGCACCGCUGCCAGUGCCGGCCCGAGUUCCAGCUCCAGGAGGACGGCAGGCGCUGUGUCCGCAGGAACCCGUGCUCGGACCGGAACGGCGGCUGCAUGCACACGUGCCAGGCGCUCCGGGGCCUCGCCACUGCGCGUUGCCACGCCGGCUACCGGCUGGCCGGCCGACCGCAAGGCCCUGCGAAGGUAGGACGCCGUAUCCCGCGGGAGAGCCUGGCUGCGUCCCGCUGCCCUGGGCCUUACGUGGACGAGUGUGUGGUGGGGCUGGCCCGGUGUGCCCACGGCUGCCUCAACACCCAAGGGUCCUUCAAGUGCGUGUGCCACGCGGGGUACGAGCUGGGGGCCGACGGCCAGCAGUGCUUACCGUGA